GGGGAGGGCGGGGCUUGCGCGGUGACGUCACGUGUAGAUGUCAUUGUGCAAUGGACGCCUAGGCCGAGUCGGCGUCUUUUUCCCCCUCAACGAGCGUCUUAAUUGGCCUGGCUCGACAUGACACCGGCCGGAAGUGGGGGCUUGAUUUGAGACUUUUUAAAAAAGGCCGCUCGGCUCGCAAAGAGUCAAAGUUGACAGCUAGUCGCUGUUAGCUCACUGCGACACCACCUCGCUAGCUCGGCUAGGCUAGGCUAGGCUAACGCUAGUCUGGAUUGGGACUCCGCGUGGACGCACGUGCACGCGCACGGGCAGGGGGGGCUCCCCGAGCAGCCCCAUGUCCCCCCGAUGAAACCUCUUAACUCCAUGAAACGAGCCCUGCCUCCCACACCACAAAGCGGUGACGGCGCCUUUCUAAAUGAGCCAGUCUCCUGGCAACCAGGCACCAAUCAGCACCCAGGAUCUCUCUCUGUAGUGACCACCGUGUGGGGCGUGGCCAAUCCCACGCACAGCCAGGUUAUAGGAGCACCCAUGGGUCCCAGCGAGAGCACGGGCGGGCACAUGAUGCCGGGCGGUGGCCCCGGCAUGGCCGGCGCCAUGGGCCCCCAAUUUAUGGGCCAGCAGGCUUACAGCGAGGCCAUGUCUAAAGGCUACGGGCAGCCUGUCAUGUACGGACGGCCCAACGCGGCGUACAAUUCCUCAGCGUACGCCGGCAGUUACUCCGGUAACGGUGGUGGCCUGGUGCGCCCCUCCUCAGACUUCACAACCGCGGCCGCCGCUGCCGUAGCCGCCGCCACGGCAACAGCCACGGCCACGGCGACAGUUGCAGCGAUCCAGGAGAAGCAGAACCAGGAAUUGAACUACAGUCAGAUGGGCGGAGCCUCUGCCUACAGCACCCAGUUCCUGUCUCAUUCAGGCCCUCGUGGACCCGGAGGGAUGAGCACCAGCGGGAUGGUCCCCACCAGGCCUGGACCACAACCACCCCCCGGCGGGAGCUUGUAUCCCCCCCACCCUGGCCCCGCCCAGAAGAUGCAUGCAGGCUAUCCUGGCGCUCAGCAAGGCCUCAAGCGGACCUUCCCCUCCGAGGGUUUUCCCGCCCAGCACUUUGGUCCUGGUGGGAUGUCGCCGUACGCUCAGCAGCCUGUGCAGUACCCCCCCGGACCCCAGCAGCGAUGCGCCCCCUCCCCCUCCAGCCGCCUGCCCCCCAUCAGCCAGUACGGGUCGGGCUCACACAACCCGGCUCAGUUCCCACCCGGUGCCGGCCAGCCCAACCCACCCCAGUAUUAUAAGUCAGAACCGUUUAACGGCCAGAGUAGCCUGCCCCCUGGGGGCCCAGGAGGAUACAACGCCUUCACGCAGGCGGCAGCCAGUGGGCCGGGGCGGGGUGGGGGGAUGCCGGUGUAUCCCAGCUCCCCCAUGGGCGGGAACCCCACGCCUCCCAUGACUCCUGGGACAUCCAUGCCACCCUACCUCUCUCCGGGACAUGACACCAAACCCCACUACCUGCCCCCGGACCUCAAAAGCAGCAUGGGCGGCCCCCAGCCCACGACAGGUAACCCCAGUGAUGACCUCCGCCUGACCUUUCCCGUGCGGGACGGCGUGGUCUUGGAGCCGUUCAGGCUGGAACACAACUUGGCCGUCAGCAACCACGCCUUCCAGCUCAAAGACUCGGUCUACAAGACGCUCAUGAUGAGGCCAGACCUGGAGCUGCAGUUCAAGUGUUAUCACCACGAGGACCGCCAGAUGAACACCAACUGGCCCGCCUCCGUGCAGGUGAGCGUCAACGCCACGCCGCUGUCCAUCGAGCGCGGCGACAACAAGACCUCCCACAAGCCCUUGUACCUCAAACAAGUGUGCCACCCCGGACGCAACACCGUCCAGAUCACAGUCACCGCCUGCUGCUGCUCGCACCUGUUUGUGCUGCAGCUGGUCCAUCGGCCCUCCGUCAGGUCGGUGCUGCAAGGCCUCAUGAAGAAGAGGCUGCUGCCCGCCGAGCACUGCAUCACUAAGAUCAAGAGGAACUUCAGCAGCGGCACCAUCCCCGGGACUCCCGGGCUCAACGGAGAGGACGGCGUGGAGCAAACGGCCAUCAAAGUCUCGCUGAAAUGUCCCAUCACGUUCAGACGGAUCCAGCUGCCGGCCAGAGGCCACGACUGCCGGCACAUACAGUGUUUCGACCUGGAGUCAUAUUUGCAGCUGAAUUGCGAGCGAGGAACGUGGCGGUGCCCCGUCUGCAAUAAGACCGCUUUGCUGGAAGGCCUGGAAGUGGACCAAUACAUGUUGGGGAUUCUGGUCUACAUUCAGAAUUCUGAAUAUGAGGAGAUCACCAUCGACCCACUUUGUGGCUGGCGGCCGGUUCCCAUCAAACCCGACCUGCACAUCAAGGAGGAGCCUGACGGGCCUCCGCUGAAACGCUGCCGCACCGUCAGCCCGAGUCACAUGGUGCUGCCAAACGUGAUGGAGAUGAUCGCUGCCCUGGGGCCCCCGGCCUCGCCGUACCCGGGUGGACCAGCAGGGGGCAGGAGCAGCCCGGACUACAACAGACCUGGGAGUCGAGGCUUCGUCAGCCAAUCUGGAUUCACGGAAUUCCCCAACACUCCCGGGACACCGACCCUCGGAGAGUACCCUUCGUCUGGAGCGCCUCUGGCCUACCAGGCCGACCAGCAGGCCACACAUCCUGGCCGCAUGGAGCCCUCCCACACUUCCCUGCUCCCACAGCACGCCAACCACAGCCUCAGUGAGGCCGGCAGCCCGCUGCCGCAAAGGAGCAUCGCUACCCACAAUGCCCGGCUCCACGAAGGCUCUUUCGGCCUUGUAGGGCCGGGAGCAGCCGGAGAGGCGGCGGAUCAUUCGCUGGAUCUUCUGCCCGAGCUGACCAACCCUGACGAGCUGCUGUCCUACCUUGGCCCCCCCGACCUGCCCAACAACAGCAGCGACGACCUGCUGUCGCUCUUCGAGAACAACUGACCGUCUUGUCAGGCCCCGCCCACUUGGUGAACGUGGGGCUGGAGGAAGAGUUCAAUGCGUUUGUUGAGAAAGCUUCUAAACGACUGACAAUGUCUACCAGGACACCAACACCUUGUCUGCUUGGCCGUGUGUCAUGUUUGAGGUCACGUGGGCGGGGCCACCUGUACAAGUAAACCACUGUGACUCCUCCCACAUUCCCAUCACCUCGGAGCGGCCAUGAUUCUCAUUGGAGAACUUUCACAUUGUGUGUGCCACCUCAUCAUUGCCAUCUGUGUCGACUUUUUCCGCAGCACGCAAACGAUUCCACCUUUUCUAAAAGACUUUGAGGUCCAAAAAAGAAAAAUGUUGAGCAACACGAUAAUGUUUCAUUUGGAAAACAAACUAUGUCAUGGCAAAUUUACUAGAAAAAGGUGUUUUUAAGAUGUAAACUAUUGCACAUAUUUUGUAACACAUUUGAAUUGCCAUCGUUUUCUAUUUAUUUUGUAAUCAUAAUUCUCAUUGUAUCGACUGUUUCUUCAUCUGCUGGAACUUAAAAGGGGAAUUAAAAACUAGUUGAUUGGAAGCUUGUUGUUUCCAGAGUGUUCUACACAUUCCCUUCAUUUCAACUGAAAAACAAAUGAUGAUAAAUGAGGUCAAAAUAAAAUACUGACAAUUA